AGAGUGAAUGGAUGCCAAAGAAGAAGUUUGGAAGAGGUUUGAGAUGACUCCAGCAACAGACUCACAUUAUAAAAUGCUGGACCAAGCAGAUUUAUAGAGUUUAUACAGGUUGGUAAUCCACUAUUCUGCCAGUCAUCUUCUGCAGUUUCCUUACUAAGACCAGAAAUAUAUCUGUGAACUUCUCUAUAAUCUACACCAAUGGAUUGGAAGACCCUCGAGUCCCUCCUCAGUGGAGUAAAUAAAUACUCCACAGGUUUUGGACGCAUCUGGCUGUCCUUGGUUUUCGUGUUCCGCGUCAUGGUGUUUGUGGUAGCGGCCGAGCGAGUUUGGAACGAUGAUCAGAAAGACUUUGACUGCGACACCAAAAGACCUGGCUGCCCCAACGCCUGCUACAACUACUUCUUCCCCAUCAUUCACACACGACUGUGGGCCCUACAGCUCAUCUUCGUCACCUGUCCUUCCUUCUUGGUGGUGAUGCAUGUGUGGUACCGUGAGGACCGUGAGCGCAAGUACCGCCUGACCCACGGCGAAGACGCCAAACUCUAUGAUAACCCUGGACAGAAACAUGGCGGCCUGUGGUGGACUUAUCUCUUCAGCCUGUUCUUCAAGACAGCCAUAGAGGUGGGCUUCCUCUACCUGCUGCAUCUGCUCUACCACAACUUCGACAUGCCUCGCAGUGUGGUCUGCGACAUCGAGCCCUGCAGACAGGUGACGUGUUAUAUACCACGACCCACCGAGAAGAGGGUCUUCACAUACUUCAUGGUGGGGGCCUCAGCCAUCUGCAUUGUCCUGAACGUGUCUGAGAUCUUCUACCUGAUUGCCAUGCGCAUUCUGCACCUCACCCACAAAGGAAGCCACGUCACUAGACGCAGAUGUGAAGAGUGUGAAGGGAGUAGUGUACCAAUGGUGCCUAUAAACUACAAACCAGCUUACACAGAAAAAUCUGAGAAGCAAUCAUAACUUGCUAAUUUAUAAAAGUUUUGCCUCAAAUUUGACAAAAAUGUAUUUUUUAUAUCCAAAAAAGAAGAUGUAAGGAGUCAGAUACGAUGAUACAAUGAUAAUGAGAUGAUAAGAACAACCAGUGUGUUAUUGUGGUAAUUUGAAUGUAUUUAGUUCUAUAAUGUAUUUUGGAAAGAAACUUUUUUAUAUUAAUAAUACAACAAAAAUGUCUUGAUUGUUUCUUGUUUCUUUGUUUGCAAAUGUGUGUAGUAUGUACAAUAUUCAUUUGGUGAUUACUAAAAUGUACAGAUGUAAAUGUGCAGAAAUUAUUAUUAAAGAACUACUUUACAUUAUUA